AUGGCACCUCUCGCCGAGCGCAGUGCCAACAGACAGAGCCGCAUCCCAGUAGUCGGCUCUGAAGCCAGAAAUUGCAGCAGCAACAACGCCGAGAACGUACCGCCCGCAUCAAAUCUUUCUCGUCUGCUAGCACCCACCAAAUCAUCAGUCGCUCGGUCAAGGUCACCAUCACCUUCCCCAAUCCCACUGCCAGUCAAUCCACGGACGGGUUCAACAACGCCCGGUCGUGGACGCCUCAAUACCUUCACAUCAAACGACAGCCUGAACUCAUCCUUCUCGCGCCACGCUUUGAGUUCUCGACAGCCCAAAUCGCCCACUAUGAAUACGCGGAGAUCGUUUCGUCAAAGCAGACCAAGCUCGCCAAUCCAGGAGAAUGUGGAAACGCAGGGCGGAUACGCUGAGCUCAGAGCCGCUCAACGCACUAAGCCUCUGUCUAUUGAGAAACCACUGCCGUCUCGUCCAGUUGCUACCUUCGCCAACUCGAUGAGCCCCACAAGACAUUCGCGCGGUAUCAUCGACGCGGCUGAACGGCCCCUGAUCAAGGCCCCUGGAACACCACAGGAAGAAGAAUGGCCUGCUUCUUCCCCAGAACGUCCCAUGCCGCGUCGUGGAAGCGCAGCACUUAGCAGGACGCCCAACACAAGGCUCACAUUCAGCCCUGCCAUUGUGUCGCCGAUCCUCGGCCAGCUGUCCACUAAUCUCAACUCAUCGCACGUUGCCCCAGCCGUUUCCCCGCCCACGCUUUCGUUUACAACAAAGAGCGAACGGCCUGUUCUAUCGGUAACUGACGCAGAUUCGAUUGAGUGCCGUCCACCGAGAUCUUCAUCUCUGCGUACGCCCGAGCCUAAGCUUGGCGACAGUCAGGAACACAAAUAUCUCCCUGCUGCUCACAGUUUCUCUCGGCCUAGAGCGCAACAAGCAGAGAGAUCGCCAGCAAGCAUCACCUGCACGCCUGUUCCACAGUCUCCCACCUACUCUGCAUCUAAGUCACCCACGCGGACACCUGCCACAACACGCAUCACCAACGACAUGUUGACGUUUGCAGGCAGACAUCAAGGUGCUCGCUCAUCCAGACCCAGAGCCAACACUAUCAAGCACUCUUCGCCAAUCAAACAACAUCUGGCUUUACGCGAUCUACCACCAAGUGUUUCAUCGCCCACGGAGCAGAUCAAGCUAAGCCCAAUCAAAUUGGUCUUUGGCGAGAAAGCUUCUGCUGAUGAUGUGUUCGACCUACUGUCCAGCUCUUUUGUUGGUUCGACUCUGAAUGGAGCACGCGCUCCUGCUUUCGUCUCUCAGGCAAACCUCACAACUCCAGUGGAUGCCGAGUUCGAUUUGCCCUCCCCGAGUGAACAUGGUUUCCAUGUUUCUUGGCCUGCAGAUUUUGGUUUCAAUCUUGUCGAUUCAGGACAGGAUUCGCCAACGGUGCAGAGCUCGCCUUCCAGCGAGGAGUCGACCACCGAGACUACCACAGAUCUCCAAAACGAAGGUGGCAAAAGACAGGCUGAGCCUGUGCAUACUACUAUCGACAGCGCAAGAGUGCUUGAAAAUAGAGAGAAGGACAUCAACACGACACUAUCCAUUCUUGAAGGAACUCCUGCCAAGCAACACCAAUUCUCGAAUGCUCCUCCAAAGUCAAUCAAGACACGCCUUAGUAUGGCCAAACUGCCCAAGGAGGUUCCCAAAGAUACUCUCAAAGCUAACGACCAAGGCAAUGUACGUCCACAGGAUGAACGUCUGCCGUCAUACAUGCUUCCCACAGAGGCACGCAAAAACUCUGCUGCCACACCGUCCGAGGCUCGCCGCAAUAACGCGACUGAAUUGGUCCCAAAUGCGAGCACUCGUCGUGCCUCCCAAUCUGCAAGGUUGACCCCGACUCCAAGCUCUGACAAAGGUCGUAUUUCUCCCUCUGGCCGACAGACUCCAGUGUCUGCAUCUCGUGGAGCCUCUCAGAGUGGUCGAUCAACGCCCACAUCAGGUAUCCCGCGUUCAUCACAGCCCGGCACAGGAGCUUCAUCGAACACACGCAGUGUGACACCUACGGCCCGCCCUGGCUUGAGUGGCCAGCCCCCACGUCAGGCUACACCCAGUUUGAAGGACCAUGACAGCACAACCGCCAGUGCAAACAAGAGAACGUCGAUAGGAAACAUCAAGGCCGCUCGGCAGACUUUUCAGCCCACUAAAGCAGCUCGCGAUGGUUCUUCUACACCAUUGACUCGUCCAAGAAGUGAGUCCAAGGGCAAAUCAGUGCUGAACAACCUCAAAGGAUUGUUCUCUGGAAAGCGCGAUGUACCUCCGACCCCGGGAUCCAAUGGCAGGAGGUUCUCUAUCGGAAGCCGAAAGUCAGUGUCGAUGGAGCCUGAGGACAUCCCUGAUGUGCCUGCCGUGCCUGCUGUGCCUGUUGUGCCUGUUGUCCCUUCUGUCCCUUCUCUUCCAGAAUCCAGGAGAAAGUCCACAACAAAAAGCAUUUUGGUUAAGAAGACUGCGACUGAAGAAGUCCAUUCUUCGAACGGUGAGACAUCAAAGGAGCACUCUAUCCUGCCGAGACCUAGAAGAAAAUCGACGGUCAAAGAUGCUGCUCCGAAGAAGGAUUCUGUCACUUCUGAAGAAGAGAAGCCGUCGCUCCGCCGCAAGGCCUCUAGGGGUAAGGUCUCCGCUACGGACGCUCGUCAAGAAGCCGACGCCGAGAAGGAGAAACGUGACACUGUAGCACUCAUGGAAAUGGGACUCACUCUUCGUCAAGAGGCAUUUAAGGAAGACGAUCUUGUUCGAAAGGAGCGCAUGACAUCUUUUGCUCAAGUCAUGCUUGACACUGUCACCAGUGCUGUGGAAGCCGAGAGGAACAUGUACGCUGCUAUGCAAGCUGCCGAACAAGCGAAGAUGUCGUACAUGAUGACCCAGCAAAGUGUUCAGGAGAUGAACAAACUCGUCUCGACCUCCCGUCGGCUGCCUCUGUUUAAAAAGAAGAAGCGACCAACCAAUGAUGCUUGA